CUCGGAGGUUUCGGCGAAACCUGGAGGGAGAGAGCGAGCCGGGAGCCUCCUACCCCAGGGAGGCACUCGGCUGUGCCCGGCUUUCGCAGGCGCGGGGUGCAGUUGGGACACGCUGCACCGACUGGUCAUAAUGACACUGCCCUGCCGGCCUUAGCAGCUCGCCCUGGCGCCCCGGGAAAAGCCAGCGAGGUGGCUGUGGAAGGGAUGAUGCUGGAUGCUAUCCGCAGCACGUGGAGAGCUGCCAGUUAGGAGAGUUGCAAUAAUAAUACUAUCUGCCUGUGUGGGGAAAGAGCCCUGGGAGCCAGCCCUGGAAUGAUUGCAUAAUUGGAGAGCCCGGUAAGAGGAUUACAACGAAACUCCGCUGUUGUGAAUCUAUUGAAAGACCCGCUUUCUCUCCAUUAUCCUUAUUCUUCUCUGGCUCGUGCAGUUUUAACGAAAAUAAUGGUGAAUGACACAUCAAGGAGAAAAGAGGCAGAAUAGGCUAUCUUACGAUGAGGCUUUUGCUAUGGCUGAUGACCCCUUGGAAGGCUUCCAUGAAGUAAACCUUGCUUCACCUACUUCCCCGGACCUUCUUGGUGUGUAUGAAUCAGGAAGCCAAGAGCAGACUACCUCACCAAGUGUCAUCUAUCGGCCGCACCCUGCAGCUCUAUGCUCUGCCCCUAUCCAGGCUAAUGCGUUGGAUGCUUCCGACCUCCCUACACAGCCUGUGUAUUCAUCCCCCAGACGUUUAAGUUGUGCGGAAAUAUCUGGUAUCAGCAUUCAUGUUACAGACCCAACACCUUGUUCUACCUCUGGAAUCACAACUGGGUUAACUAAGUUAGCCACGAGGAAGGACAACUGUAAUGCAGAGAGGGAGUUUUUACAGGGUGCCACUAUAACAGAGGCUUGCGAUGGCAGUGAUGAUAUUUUUGGGUUGAGUAUCGACAGCCUGUCCCGUUUACGAAGCCCAUCUGUUUUGGAAGUUAGAGAAAAGGGCUACGAAAGAUUAAAAGAAGAACUUGCAAAAGCUCAGAGGGAACUGAAGUUAAAAGAUGAAGAAUGUGAGAGGCUUUCAAAAGUGCGAGACCAACUUGGACAGGAAUUGGAAGAACUCACAGCUAGUCUGUUUGAGGAAGCUCAUAAGAUGGUGAGGGAAGCGAAUGUCAAGCAAGCAACAGCAGAGAAACAGCUGAAAGAAGCUCAAGGAAAAAUUGAUGUACUUCAAGCUGAAGUAGCUGCACUGAAGACACUUGUGUUGUCCAGUUCUCCAACCUCGCCUACACAGGAGCCUCUGCCAGGUGGAAAGACACCGUUUAAAAAGGGGCAUCAGAGGAAUAAAAGUACAAGCAGUGCCAUGAGUGGCAGUCAUCAGGACCUCAGUGUGAUCCAGCCAAUUGUAAAAGACUGCAAAGAGGCUGAUCUGUCUCUGUAUAAUGAGUUCAGGUCUUGGAAGGAUGAGCCAACAAUGGACAGAACGUGUCCUUUCUUAGACAAAAUCUAUCAGGAAGAUAUCUUUCCGUGUUUGACAUUUUCAAAAAGUGAGCUGGCUUCAGCUGUUCUGGAGGCCGUGGAAAACAAUACCCUGAGCAUUGAACCGGUGGGGCUACAGCCGAUUCGAUUUGUGAAAGCUUCUGCAGUGGAAUGUGGAGGACCAAAAAAAUGUGCUCUCACCGGCCAGAGUAAGUCCUGUAAACACAGAAUUAAAUUAGGGGACUCAAGCAACUAUUAUUAUAUUUCUCCUUUUUGCAGAUAUAGGAUCACUUCUGUAUGUAACUUUUUUACAUACAUUCGAUAUAUCCAGCAGGGACUUGUGAAACAGCAGGAUGUUGAUCAGAUGUUUUGGGAAGUUAUGCAGUUGAGAAAAGAGAUGUCCUUGGCAAAGCUGGGAUAUUUCAAAGAGGAACUCUGAUGCUCGGCGUGGGACCAUGCAUGAACCUCUCUGAACAACUGAAAAAUGACUGCAUAUUUUUAUGGUUACUCAAUAUUUAUUUCCAAGGAGUGGGCCCAAGACUUUUCUCCUCUUUUGCAAAUUACACUAAGAAAUACUGUGAUUUCUUUUUAACUGACUUAUGCUGUGUUUGCUUACUCUUUAGUUGAACACACUAUAAAGAAUUACAGGUGUACUAGUGAUUGUAAUUUCUAGUUGCGAAAAACAGACACCAAAUAAAUAAAUGUUAGAUUGACUGUGUGUGUUUUCUCUUCGAGCUCAGACAUGGCGUUUAGAGUCAGCAGAAUGUAUUUAAUAGUAAUUCUCAUGCUGCACAGCAACCUCUGAGAGGCAAGGGAGGGGCUGAGUGGAUAGGAUUCAGUUUCUGUACCUCUUAACUCUAUUUCUCUCUCUCUCUCUUUUUUUAAGAUUUAGAGAGGGAGAAACAGAUCUUCCAACUUCUGAUUCAUUCUCCAAAUGGCCACACUAGCUGGGACAGCCCAGGCUGAAGCCAGGGGCCUGGAACUCUCAUCUGUGUCUCCCACAUGAGUAGCGGGGGCUUUCCCAGGUGCAUUAGCAGGGAGCUAGAUUGGAAAAGGAGCAGCCAGGACUGGAACUGCUGCCCACAUGGGAUGCCAGCAUCAUAGGCAGUGUCAGCUCACUGUGCUGCAAUGCCAGCCCCUGUUUUUGUGUUUUGUAUAUAUAUUAGUAUUCAAAAAAGAGAGGUUUCAUUUGAAUAAAAAUUUCCGGGGGCUGGUAUUGUGGCAUAGUGGGUUAAACCCCUGCCUGCAACACUGAUAUCCGAUAUGGGCACUGGUUCCAGGCCCAGCUGCUCCACUUCCAAUUCAGCUCUCUUCUAAUGCGCCUGGGAAAGCAGCAGCAAAUGGCCCAAGUGCUUGGGACCCUGCACACACCUGGGGGACCUGGAAGAAGCUCCUUACUCCUGGCUUCAGCCUGGUCCAGCCCUGGCCAUUGCAGUCAUUUGAGAAGUGAGCCAGCAGAUGGAAGAGAUAUUCUCUCUCUCUCUCUCUCUGUCUGUCUGUCUCCCCUCUUCUUCUCUCUUAACUCUGCCUUUUAAAAAAAAGUGGGGGUGGGUGGCACUGUGGUGUAGCAGGUUAAGCUGUGGCCUGCAGUGCUGGCUUCCCAUAUGGGCAUCGGUCUGAGUCCUCACUGUUCCACUUCCUAUCCAGCACCCUGCUAAUGUGCCUGGGAAAGCAGCGAAGGAUGGCCCAAAUGCUUGGGUCCCUGCACCUACAUGGGAGACCUAGAAGAAGCUCCUGGCUCGUGGCUUUGACCUAGCUCAGCCCCGGCCACUGCGGCUAUUUGGAGAGUGAACCAGCAGAUGGAAGAUCUCUCUUUCUCUGUCUCUCCUCCUCUUUCUCUGUAACUCUGUCUUUCAAAUAAAUAAAAACCUUAAUAAAA